AUGAGCAAUAUAUCUAGUAUAAUUGUAUUUUCACUGUCUGGCUUCAAUGCGACAGUCAGCUACAGAAUGACUCUGUUCUCUCUCACUUUAUUGUGUUAUUGUGUAAUUAUAGUGGUAAAUGUGUCUCUCAUUUUAACUAUAAUACUGGAUCACAACUUACAUGAACCUAUGUACAUUUUUAUAUGUAACUUGUGCAUCAAUGGACUUUAUGGUACUGCAGCUUUUUAUCCUAAAUUUGCUUUUGAUCUUCUGUCUAAAAUUCAGAUAAUAUCAUACGUGAACUGUCUGUUGCAGGUCUUUGUCAUAUACUCUUAUGCAACAAUUGAUUUCUCUAUUUUAGCUGUCAUGGCCUAUGACAGAUAUGUGGCUAUAUGUCGACCCCUGGAGUAUCACUCAGUAAUGUCUGUACAAACUAUUGCUGUGUUGAUCAGUUUGGCCUGGCUUGUACCUCUGCUCUGUGAGGUUGUAGUUAUAAGUUUGACAUCCAAUCUGAAAUUAUGUGGCUCCCAAAUACAGAAACUCUACUGUGAGAACUGGUCAAUUGUUAAACUUGCUUGUGGUUCAUCGAAAGCAAACAACGUUUUUGGAUUGAUUGUUAUUUCUUUCUAUUGUGCCCAUGUUCUCUUCAUUGUGUGUUCCUAUGGGCAGCUUGUAAAGUCAGCUCUAAAGUCAAAAGAGGGCAGGAAAAAGUUUACACAGACGUGUGUGCCACAUUUGUUAUGUUUGCUUAAUGUGACAGCUGCUUUGCUUUUUGACACAAUGUACUCGAGAUAUGGAUCAGCAUCUGUGUCACAAAAUGUAAAGAACUUCAUGGCCGUACAGUUUCUCAUUUUUCCCCCGGUUCUAAACCCCAUUAUUUAUGGACUGAUCCUCACUAAAAUUAGAUAUAGAGUGGUGGCUUUGUGUGUGAUGGCAGGUCAGAGAUUGAAGUUGAAGCUGAAGGUUUGA